AUGUCUGCAAUUAUUACUCUCACCUGUCUUGUUCAUUUGAAAACGCUUGUCAAUUCACCUACUUUUUCGAUCCAAAUUAACAAAAAAGAAACUAUCGAAAAGCUCAAGGAAACAAUUAAAGAGAAUAAUGCACCCGAUUUUGAUAAAUUCACAGCCAAAAAUCUCAAACUGUGGAAGAUUGACAUUGCCGAUGAUCCUCGUCAUUAUUUUACUGAAUAUUAUCUAGGAGAGAUUUAUGAUCACAGAAAAGAGAUAUCUACGACAGGACAUGUUGAAGACUACUGGACUGAUACACCACCCAAAGGGAAUAUCCAUAUUAUAGUUGAGCCGCCUGUACAAGUGAUAUUCAUCCCGGUGCAUGGAGCACCAGUGGUGAAGAUUAAACCUCAUAAUAUUGAGUUCAAGGAAAUGGUCGGUUGUGAACAAACUGAACUGAAACCUGUUUUAUAUGGACUACCUGAUUAUGACCUCUAUAUGUAUCUUGAUGAUACUGGACUUUUAAAAGAUCUGCCAAGAAACGCCUUGGCAACUUGUUUAUUAUAUGGAAGAAAAAUGGAUCAAGUUCCUGGAGUACGAGGACACGUUGUGCUCUACGAUUCUUACAAGCAGCUAACCCUUGAUGACUUUCGAUUCAUACUUUCCACUGCACAAAACCUCAAUUGA